AUGUCUCAAGCUUCGGGAGAAGACAACGACUAUGCAGAUCCAGUGUCUCCAGAGUCCCCAAUGACUCCAGACGGCAUGAUUCUGGCGAGAAUGCCAUGGCACCCAGGGCUCGAGGGAAAUUGGAACACAGUGAAGUCGGUGAGCACCGCGAUGCUCAACGGAGACGAGACGGAUCGAGCUGCUCCGAGUGAUGGGCAGCAGGAGGCUGGUUCAUCGUCACAGAUUGGUCAAGAGUCUCGAAAAACUGUCGUGUUUCAAGAACCAGAUACUGGGUUCCCAAAUGAACACGACCAACUAACAGCUCUACACGACUCUGAGGUUGGUGAGGGCAACCGGAAAAUGUCAUUAGUUGGAAAACCGUUAACAUACAAAAAUUAUCGUACUGACCAACGAUUCCGCAGAAUGCAGAACAAAAUGCACAAUUUUCUGGAGAGGCCGCGAGGGUGGAAAGCGGCAUCCUAUCAUCUAGCGGUACUCUUCAUGGUGCUCAUGUGUCUUGCUCUUUCUGUUUUCUCAACAAUGCCUGAUUUUGAAGUGAAAGCAACUAUCGUUCUAUACUAUCUGGAAAUCGUAUUUGUUAUCUGGCUGGCAACAGAAUACAUUUGCCGCGUCUGGUCUGCUGGAUGUCGGUCGAGAUAUCGAGGAAUCAGUGGGCGCAUUCGUUUCGCUACAAGUGCCUACUGCGUCAUUGAUAUUAUUGUCAUUUUGGCCUCUAUCACAGUAUUAUGCAUCGGAGCAACAGGACAGGUUUUUGCAGCGUCGGCGAUUCGGGGACUACGAUUUUUCCAAAUUUUGAGAAUGCUCAGAAUAGAUAGACGUGCAGGAACAUGGAAACUAUUGGGAAGCGUUGUGUGGGCGCAUCGACAAGAAUUACUGACAACAGUGUACAUUGGAUUUCUAGGACUAAUUUUCUCUUCAUUCCUUGUUUAUCUCUGUGAAAAAAAUACCAACGAUAAAUAUCAAACUUUUGCUGACGCUCUUUGGUGGGGUGUGAUUACCUUGUCUACAGUAGGAUAUGGUGAUAAAACUCCUGAAACUUGGCCUGGUAAAAUUAUCGCAGCAUUCUGUGCUCUUCUCGGCAUUUCGUUUUUUGCUCUGCCAGCUGGAAUCCUCGGUUCUGGGUUCGCUUUGAAAGUCCAACAACAUCAACGUCAAAAGCAUUUGAUCAGAAGAAGAAUUCCUGCGGCCAAACUCAUUCAAUGUCUGUGGCGUCACUAUUCAGCAGCACCAGAAUCUACGUCAUUGGCAACCUGGAAAGUUCAUUUGGCUCGGGAGCUCCCACCAAUCGUGAAAUUCACUCCGAAUAAUGGAAGCAAUAACGCAACAGGACUAAUCAAUCGAUUACGACAAAGCACAAAACGAAGUCCAAACUCUCAAUUGCAAGGGCCAACAUCUAACUUUCCGUCUUCUUCUAAAAACCUAUCGGUUCCCCGAGUCCAUGAUACGAUCAGUUUGGUUUCUACAUCGGAUAUCUCGGAGAUCGAGCAACUUGGAGCGUUAGGAUUUUCUCUGGGAUGGAAGUCAAAAUCAAAAUAUAGCGGAUCACGAAAAGCGGCUGAUGACUCUGUGUUGCAAUCCAGGAUGAUGGCUCCGUCGAAUACAAAUUUAGAUGACAUGCGGCGGCGUUCGCGAAGGUCCGCGUCGCUGUGUCGUGUUGUCAACAACAAUGGACAACAUCUUCGACCCUCGCAACCGAGAGCAACGUUAUCGGAUGGUGACGUCAUCGGAGACUACUCGCUCAUGAUGGCCCCAAUCUACCAGUGGUGCGAACAAAUGGUUCAACGAAACAGUGGACCGGGUGAGGAUGGGGUGUGGAGUCAAUUAUCACAAUUAACCACGUGUGCCACACGACGCGCCGAGGACAUUUCAGAUGGCGACGAGGAGGAGAACAUCGGGUAUCAGCCACAAACAAUGGAAGAGCUCACACCAGCACUGAAAAAUUGCGUUCGUGCCAUUCGGAGAAUACAACUUUUGGUGGCGAGGAGGAAGUUCAAAGAAGCUCUAAAACCUUAUGACGUCAAGGAUGUUAUCGAACAAUACUCUGCUGGUCAUGUUGAUUUGCAAAGUCGUGUGAAGACGGUACAAGCGAAAUUGGAUAUUAUUUGUGGCAAAAAUAUUGAGAAAUUGGAUCCAAAGAUCUCAAUGUACAAUAGGAUUGCCACAUUAGAAAAUACGGUUGGAAAAAUGGACAAGAAGCUUGAUAUGAUGGUCGAACUGUUGAUGAGCAGGCAACCCGGGUCACGGGUUUUCUCUCAAUCCACAUCUCCUAGAGGGGAAAUUGUCAGUGAGCCAAACACGGGAAGGAUAGAUUUGACACGAUCCAGAAGAUCAGUUGCCAGUACUGAUAACGAAAUGUAUACUGCUAGAUCUCAUUCCCCCGGUGGUCCUGCAAUCCGAAUGGCCGAGGAAGAGGACGAUGGAGCCUUCGAUGAAACGAGCCCGUUGAAUAAUGGUCCCAGUACUUCCAGUUGCUAA